AGAGGGGGAAUCAUGCAGUUUAUGGUCUGGGUGGAGGGGCUCCUGUGUCAACUGUUCGUAUUUAUAUCCACUUCUUGGGAAUUGCGUUUACACCCAAAACAAGAAACCUUCGUGAAGCAACUGACCUCCUAUGAGAUAGUGACCCCGACGCGGGUGAACGACUUCGGAGAAGCGUUUCCUCACGCGCAUCACUUCAGGAGGCGGCGAAGUCCCGACCCGGAGCCGUGGGCGCCGAGGACCCACUACCGGAUCGCCGCGUUCGGGCAGCGCUUCCACCUCAACCUGAGCGCCGACUCCGGCUUCGUGGCGCCCACUUACCAGGUCACCCACUUGGGCGGCGGCCCGCGGGGCCACGCGGCGGGGGAUGCCUUCCCGGGGGAGCGCCCCGACAUCCAGCACUGCUUCUACACCGGUCACGUCAAUGCUGACAUCGGCCACACCGCCGUGGUCAGCCUGUGCACCGGGCUGAUGGGCACUUUUCAAACACAUGAAGGACAGUAUUUUCUGGAACCUCUGAUGAAACCAGAUGGAGAUCAAUAUGAAGAUGAGCACAAUAAACCUCACCUCAUUUAUCAACACAAAGCACUGAAGAAUGAUCCCUUUGGGCAUGCCUCUCACCCAUGUGCAACUGCAGAACAAACACCUCAUAUGAAGAAAAGACUUCUCAAGAUGCACAAUGCUAGCAGUACUAAUGAGCAUCUAGAUACCUUAAAUGGUGCGAUUAGCUCCGAGCAACCUCCAACUAAAGAUUCCGCAUUAGGAAGUGGAGCACAGCUGCACACAAGACAAAAGCGCUUUUUGUCGUAUCCAAGAAUUGUGGAGGUGAUGGUCACCGCUGACAGCAAGAUGGUGCAGCAUCAUGGACGGCAUUUGCAACACUACAUUUUAACGCUUAUGUCCAUAGUGGCUGCAAUCUAUCGAGAUCCCAGUGUGGGAAAUCUGAUCAACAUCGUUGUUGUAAAGUUAGUUGUGAUCCACAAUGAACAGGAAGGACCAAGCAUCACAUUUAAUGCAGCUACAACUCUCCACAACUUCUGCGUGUGGCAGCAAACCCAGAACGUCUUGGAUGAUGCUCACGCAUUGCAUCAUGACACAGCAGUUCUCAUAACUAGGGAAGACAUUUGUAGAGCUAGAAACAAGUGUGAUACACUCGGAUUAGCAGAGCUUGGUACAAUGUGCGAUCCAUAUCGCAGUUGCUCCAUUAGUGAAGAGAACGGUCUAAGUGCUGCUUUCACUAUAGCACAUGAACUUGGGCAUGUGUUCAAUAUGCCUCAUGAUGAUAGUUUUAAAUGUAAGGAAGCUGGAGUGAAGCACCAGUACCAUGUUAUGGCUCCGACCUUAAACUACCACACCAGUCCAUGGACCUGGUCAAAAUGCAGUCGCAAGUACAUCACUGAAUUUCUGGACACUGGAUAUGGAGAAUGCUUGCUUGAUGAGCCUGUAAUAAGGAGCUAUGAGCUUCCACUCCAGUUACCUGGUCAAAUCUAUGAUGUAAAUAAACAGUGUGAACUCAUGUUUGGUCCUGGAUCACAAGUCUGUCCCUACAUGAAACAAUGCAAGCGAUUGUGGUGCACCAGUGCAGAAGGAGUGCAUCGAGGUUGUCGAACACAACACAUGCCACUAGCUGAUGGAACUGAGUGUGGCCACGGAAUGCAUUGCCGCCAUGGACAUUGUGUGAACAAAGAGAUACAGACAAGACCACUGAAUGGAGAAUGGGGCCCCUGGGAACCAUAUGGAACAUGUACAAGGACAUGCGGUGGAGGGAUCAGAAGCGCAGCAAGAGAGUGUAACAAACCAGAACCCAGAAAUGGAGGAAAGUAUUGUGUGGGUCGCAGAAUGAAAUUCCGAUCUUGCAACACUGAUCCGUGCCCAAAGGGCAGGAAAGAUUUUAGGGAAGAGCAGUGCUCCAAGUUUGAUGGGAAGCAUUUCAACAUCAAUGGUUUGCCACCUAACGUACGCUGGCUUCCAAAAUACAGUGGCAUUCUUAUGAAGGAUCGUUGCAAACUCUUCUGCCGAGUGGCUGGAACUACUGCCUAUUAUCAGCUUAAAGACAGAGUUGCUGACGGCACUCCUUGUGGACCUGAUACAAAUGACAUCUGUGUACAAGGCUUGUGUCGGCAAGCAGGAUGCGAUCAUGUAUUGAAUUCCAAAGCCAGGCGGGAUAAGUGUGGGGUAUGUGGUGGAGAUAAUUCCUCGUGCCGGACCCUGGCUGGUACUUUUAAUAAUGUACAAUAUGGAUAUAACGAGGUGAUACGAAUACCUUCAGGAGCAACCAAUAUUGACAUCCGUCAGCACAGCUAUUCUGGGAAGCCAGAUGAUGACAACUACCUUGCCUUAUCUGACAGUCAAGGCAGUUUCAUUCUGAAUGGAAACUUUGUGGUGAGCAUGUUUAAACGAGAAAUCAGCGUACAGGGAACCAAACUGGAAUACAGUGGGUCGGAUAAUGCUGUGGAGCGCAUUAACUGCACUGAUCGAAUUGAGGAAGAGCUGAUUCUGCAGGUUUUAUCUGUAGGAAAUUUGUACAAUCCAGACGUGCGUUACUCCUUUAAUAUACCCAUAGAAGACCAAAUGGAGCAAUUUGUUUGGGAUCCUUAUGCUUCAUGGCAAGAGUGUAACAGACUGUGUCAAGGUGAACGAGCUCGAAAGAUUGUCUGUAUGCGAAAGAGUGAUCACUUGGUUGUUUCUGACCAGAGAUGUGAGCAUUUGCCUCGACCUAUCCCAAUCACUGAGUCUUGCAACACAGACUGUGAAUUAAGGUGGCAGGUCCUUGGUAAAAGUGAGUGCACGGCACAGUGUGGACCGGGGUACAGAACGCAAGACAUUCACUGCAUGAAGUAUAACCAGGAUGAAGGACCAAGUGAGCCCGUUGAUGACAGAUAUUGUAGCUUUCAGCCAAAACCUCCAAACAGAGAGCCCUGUCAUGGUGACUGCCACAUAACCAGCUGGCACUAUACUUCCUGGUCACAGUGCUCUAAAACCUGUGAACGUGGUGUGCGAACCCGGGAGGCAUACUGCAUGAACAACCUUGGUAGACGCCUUGUUGACCGGGAGUGCAAUAAGCAACAAAAUGUGAUAUCCCAGAGAUGCAAUGAAUUUUCCUGCCCUGACUGGACAGCCAGUGAAUGGAGUGAGUGCCUAGUGACAUGUGGGAAGGGGACGCGGCAUCGGCAGGUAUCAUGUCGCUUGAAUGAUGAGCAUCUCAGUGACAAUUUCUGCAACCCACGUACGAAGCCAGAGGUUGCAGGGGGGUGUGAACUUCAGGAGUGUGCAUCGUGGCAGGUUGGAGCAUGGGGACCGUGCGCUGCAACUUGUGGACAAGGGUAUCAGAUGCGUGCAGUGCGGUGUGUUGUAGGGCCUUACGGUACAGUUAUCGAUGACAGAGAAUGCAAUGCUGCAACCCACCCAAGAGAUAGCCAGAACUGUGAGUUGCCUCCUUGUUUAGAGACACCACACAUGCUAACGACUGCAGUUCCAGCCAUUCGAAGAGGAAUGAUGACCCAGUGGCGAUAUGGAUCCUGGACACCUUGCUCUGUGACAUGUGGGGAAGGAACACAAGCUCGCUACGUCAGCUGCAGAGAUACUCACGGAGGAGUAGCUGAUGAAUCAUAUUGUGCCCAUUUGCCUCGCCCUCCUGAGGUGUCAACUUGCUUCAGUCCUUGUGGGCAGUGGCGUGCGGGGGAGUGGUCCUCUUGUUCUGUAAGCUGUGGUCCUGGACGAGUGACCCGCCAAGUGGUUUGUGCAAGUUACCACCACCAGAUCACAGAUGGGAGUGAUUGUGAUCCUGAUGAGAGACCCGCACAAGAGCAGGAUUGCAGCCUCCCUCCAUGUCCCCGGGACUAUCAUGACUAUCCAGCCCACUUCCCACAGCAUGACUACCCACAUCCACGGCAGGUCUAUCCCUCCCACGAUAUUGCCAGCCAGAACACAUGGAACAAUCCAUCAGGGGGAAGUCAAUGGAGAACAGGACCUUGGGGGGCAUGCUCAAGCACUUGCACAGGUGGAUUCCAACGUCGAGUGGUGGUGUGCCAGGAUGCAGAAGGACGUUCUGCCAAUAACUGUGAUGAGAGGACGAAGCCGCCAGAGACCAGGCACUGUGAUGCUGGACCCUGUCCUCACUGGAACUAUGGGAACUGGGGUGAAUGUACGCAGUCGUGCGGUGGUGGAACAAGAACAAGAUAUGUCAUAUGCCAACUGACAAAUGGGCAAAGACUAAGCGAUCAGAACUGUGAAAUCUUGGAGAAGCCCCCGGAUAUAGAACAGUGCAGCGUGCAUCCAUGUCCUGCUGGUGUUUCUUGGCAUCGAGGCCUAUGGAAUUCGUGUUCUGUGUCUUGUGGGAAGGGAACUAAACACCGAGAAGUCGACUGCAUCAACUCAGAGGAGGAGCCUGUGGACAAAGAGCAUUGCAGACACUUGAGGAAGCCUCGAACCUACAAACAUUGCAGGAUGGGACGAUGCCCCACUUGGAAAGCUAAUAAGUGGAAGGAAUGUUCAGUGACCUGUGGAGCUGGGAUGCAUCAAAGGGAAGUCUUCUGCAGGCUGAAGGGCAUAGGUCGAGUAAUUGAAGAGUUGUGCGAUACAUUCUCUCGUCCAGCCAACACACAGCAGUGCAGUUUGCUUGAUUGCGUGCACUACGAGUGGCGUGCAGAUGAAUGGCAAGACUGCUCUGUGCCAUGUGGUGAAGGCAUGAGGGAUCGUAAGGUGAUGUGUGUCGACCAUCUGAAGGAGCCGGUGGAAGAAAGUCGCUGCAAUGAUUCGACCAAGCCCACUUCUGUGGAAAAGUGCAUCAAUGUCCCUUGUGAAUACAUUUGGAUUACAGGGGAAUGGUCACAGUGUUCGACAACUUGUGGCCCAGGAUAUCAGCAAAGAAUGGUUUACUGCAAUCAGGCCCAAUCAAGUCAAGAUCACUAUUCACAUUAUCUGCAAUCAACAAUAUUCAAUGGCUGUCCAAAACCCCGACCAUCUGAUUUUCAAGAAUGUAAUCUGAGAGAGUGCCCUCCAACAGGCAGUUGGAGAAUGGGCGGAUGGAGUAAGUGUUCAGUGACUUGUGGACCUGGGGUAAUGGAGAGGAGAGUUCAGUGCCUCGCUGAUGAUGGUCUACUUAGUGAAUUUUGCCUCUCAAAUGAAAAGCCACAAUUCCGAGUUCCCUGCUUCAAUGAUGAUUGUGAUGUCUCGGAAAGUUGCAGUGACAUUCAGAAGAAAAAUGAAGUGAAAAAGGAUGGAGAGUACUUGUUAAAGAUCAAUGGCAAAGUAAUAAAGAUCUACUGUGCAGAAAUGCAUUCUGAUUAUCCCAGGGAGUAUGUGACUUUGUCCAGUGGUGAGGCAGAUAACUACUCCGAAAUCUAUGGAUACAGGUUGCACAAUCCUUAUGAAUGUCCUCAUAAUGGUAACAGAAGAGAGGACUGUUCAUGCAAAAAAGAUUAUCUUGCUGCUGGAUACACUGUGUUUCACAGAGUACGAUUUGAUAUCAACUCUAUGCAAAUUCUAACUACAGACUUGCGAUUUGCUCAGACAAUUCACGGAAGAGCUGUGCCAUUUGCAGUGGCAGGAGACUGCUACAGUGCUGCCAAGUGUCCACAAGGACAAUUUAGCAUUAAUCUCAGCGGCACUGGAUUGAAGAUAUCUCAAGCAACUAAAUGGAUUGCACAGGGAAACUAUGCAACCGUCAGCAUACACAGAUCACAGGACGGCAUGAAGGUGUAUGGAAGAUGUGGAGGCUACUGUGGAAAAUGUAUUCCCCAAACCAGCAAUGGUCUUCUGAUGCAAGUAAAGACUGAGAUAUCACAUGAAGUAUGAAGGAAUGAAGAAGCUAUCCUGCCAAAUGUGACAACUUGCAGCAGCUUUUUGUGACCAGUCCAAAUUCCAGUACUCUACAGGAAUUAAUGUUCAUUAAUGGAAGGCAGCUGUUACUCAGUAUAAUUUCAUUGCCUGAUAAGUUUCCCAUAGAGUUUUUCAUUUAUUGAAAACAAAGGAGUCGUGCUUUUCAGAGGAUAUGCUCAGGCUGAUGAACAUUCUGGAGGAGUCCAUAUACACGCUUCCGCACAUUGUGUGUAUUUAUCCCAUUACAGAAUGUUAGAUUGUCAGCAUUAUUUAAUUUGAUUUAGAAGAU